GUCCACAAUCAAUCGAACCAUUUGAACCAUUGGAUCCGUGCGCAGAUUUCAAAUGUGGCGUUGAAAUCUGUUUUGUAUCUUUGGUUCUGUAGUUCUCUUAAUUAUGAGUAAUUUCGCUUCCUCUGCAUUUUCUUGUGCUUUUAAAAGCUGGAAGACACAUGGACGUGGAUUGUUAAUUGUUGCCCGCUAUGGAAGUAAUGCGUGGAAUACGUACGAAAAUCUAACACUCUCACGGGUUUCAGAAUUUGAUGUUCACGAAGAUUGCAACACUUCGGGGCAUUGCAAAACGGCCGAAUGCCGCAAAAGUAGUAAAAGUCAAAACCCAGGGGGACCUUCAGAGGGUAGUGGUUCCCUCAACUCCGCCAAUGUGAACCAUCAUAGUAUCGGUUCUAAGGAACGUCUUGGUGGUGCUGGAGGAGGAGGCUCUGGAAAUGGCACUGGCUCUUUCAUAAGAUGUAACAAAUGUGGUGGUCCUUUAAAAUCUCUUGAUCCAAAAGCAUCAUAUAUAUCACGUUUCAUGGAGUGUGAAGCAUGUGAACAACUCUACGAAUUAACAGAUAAGAGUGAUCUCUCAUCAUUUACUAAUGUAGACGAAAGCCGACAUCUUUCGCUCGUUAGUCCUAAGGAGAUACAUCAAUACUUAGAUCGCUAUGUGGUAGGUCAAGAUAAAGCCAAAAAAAUUCUUGCCGUCCAAGUAUAUGCUCAUUACAAUCGUAUACAGUAUAAUCGGUCACUGGCUACCUCGGAAGAUAAUGGAUUUAAUUCAAAUAAUUUAAACUCAGGGACAAAUGAAGCCAAACCUACUGUAAAUAAUCAUUAUUCCCCAAAUGAAUUUUCGGGUACACGUUCUUGUACACCUGUAAAUUAUCAGAGCAAUUUAAGUCAACCCUCUGUAUCUGAAUUAUUUAAUUUGUCACGCAAUGGUUCACUAAGUUCAUCGAAAAAUCCAUUUACACAUGGAAAUAGUCCAACAAGUUCAUUUCCAUUUCCAAUUACUUUAGAAAAUUUAUCUGAUAUGAAGGAUGAUCGAGAAAAACGUCGUGCCUCACGGAUUCUUAAAGAUGAUGUUGAUCGUCCAUUAAAAUUGGAAAAAAGCAACAUUAUAUUGUUAGGCUCAACAGGUUCAGGCAAAACACUGUUGGCUCAAACUUUGGCUAAUUAUUUAAAUGUACCUUUCGCUCUUUAUGAUUGUACAAGUAUAACCCAAGCUGGUUAUGUUGGUGAAGAUGUUGAAUCAACCAUUGGUAGAUUAUUACAAAAUGCAAAUUUCAAUGUGGAACUUGCUCAACAAGGUAUAGUGGUUCUAGAUGAAAUAGACAAAAUAAGCUCUAAAACUGGGCAUCAUCAUGCUGCGCGAGAUGUCAGUGGUGAAGGUGUUCAACAGGCUAUGUUAAAACUGUUAGAAGGUUCACUUGUUAACGUACCUGAUGUCAAAAGUCCGCGUAAAUUACGUGGUGAAACUUUCCUAGUGGAUACAACCAACAUACUUUUUAUAGCCUGUGGUGCAUUUAAUGGACUUGACAAGAUAAUUAGUCGACGAAAACAUAAAAAGACUAUCGGAUUUGAUAUGUUGACAUCUAUGAAUGAAUCGACUACACAAGAUAAUUGCACUUCAUCAGUCAAUCCAAAUACGACAGAUUUUGUAAAUUUAUUUCAAAAUUUUGAAAGUUCAGCUCAUGAAGAAAAUGCUGAACGUGAUAAAUUGUUACAAGAAGUUGAAGCUAAUGAUCUUAUUACUUAUGGGAUGAUACCGGAAUUCGUUGGUCGUUUCCCUAUAAUUACUGCUCUACAUUCAUUAAAUGAAGAAAUGCUUGUCCGUGUUCUUACAGAACCACGUAAUGCACUGAUAAAACAAUAUCAAUUACUUUUUAAUAUUGAUGGUUGUGAACUGAGAGUCACUCCUGAUGCUCUAAAAGCUAUUGCUCGACUGGCAUUAAGUCAACAUACAGGAGCUCGAGGUCUUCGUUCAGUCUUGAAUAAAAUUACAAAAAUGAGACGUUAACCAAGUGAUUUCUGGGGAUCUAAUAUCUCCGACAUUAUUGUAGAAUCACUUGCCACGAUACUGAUUGAUCUCUGGACCAUUAAACUUUGUAGAAAUUCAUCAACUUCAUUGUUCCUUAAACAAAUGAAAAUACUUUUGUAAUUUCAUAGAUUCAAGCAUUUGAAUAAAGCGAAACAAUAAUAAACUAAUUUUAUUUAUUUGAACAAAUAAAAAUUGGUACAAGUGACACCAAAUAUAUAUGUGCCACACAAUAAAAGGAGGUUGUGAAGUUAUGGAGAAAGGAAGGAAAAUCUACUCUUGCAGCCACGUUACGAUGUUCCAGGAUCGGAUAUAUCAACUGUAGUUCUUACUGAGGGUGCUGUACUUGGUCAUUCCCCACCAGAAUAUCAUAGAGUUGUAUCUCCUGUUUCGUCAGUCGUUUCAUGAUCUGUUUCGUCAUCCCACUCUUAUAAUAACAAUAGCUAUUGUUUAUGGAUGUGUAUUCCAAAGCACAUAUACCACAGACACAAAUAUCUAUUUUAUUCAGAUUUUGUUAUGAGUAAAAUACCGUUAUUAUUAUUAUCUCCUGUCUAAACAGUCAGUGAUUGACGAUCGUAAUGAUGAUCAGCUUGGAUUAUAGGAGAAUGAUUUGUAUGAUUGACAGAAGAUAAUUCAGUUCAGUUAUGUUUACUUUUAUUUAUCGUGCUCAGAUUUAUUUUUUAUUCUUCUUGGUGUUUUUUUUGUCUAUGCUGGCUAAUUUCCCACGUGAACACAUUUCAAUAAAUACAUUAGUAUAUUCUAUAUUCUCAAUUUAUUUAUUUCACUCUAGUUAAAUUAAUUCUGUACAUUUCAAGAAGUUUAUGUCAGCAACCAUUACUUAUUAAUAGUGCUCAGUUUUUUUUGCAUUCUAAUGUAUACAUAUGUUUGGAUUUGUGCCUAUUAUUCAAAGCAAUAUUAGUUUUUGUUGGUCUAUUUCAAAUCAUUUCUAACACGAUGUCAAUUUGUGAUGUUACUGUCUUUUUCUACGAUAGUUAUUGAUCUAUUUCAUGAUGAAAGCUAAUACAAUACAAUCCAUUGAAAUAAGGAGGAUGUAAAAAAAUUGUAUGAAUUCAGUACUUAAUAGACGAAUUGUUUGUUCCAAUUUAUUGUUAUCAUUAUUAUUUCAAUUUGAUCCCAUUUAUCUUGUUAUCCCAUGAAAAAUUAUUUAUAUCUAGUAAAAUACAUUUGUUAGAUGGUUAUUGUUGUUGUCUUCGUUAUAACUUUUGUCUUGCUCAACCUCGAUCGUUGUCGCAUUAUAAACAAUAUUGAAAAGUUUUCUUUUGUUUACUAGGGUUUGAUAUUGUUUUACUUAAAAUGUUAACAUUCGAGUUUUCUAUAGUUCGCUGGGAUUUAGACAUACAUCUUUAUAUCCUAAACUUGAUUGGUAACAUUUUAU